CUUCAUGAGACGCACUUUUACGUCAUUGCAAGCAAAUAGCUAGCUAGCAAGCUGCGUUGUUUUGAAGAAUGGCAACUUCUAAGAAAGGGAAGAAAGUUGUAAAUCAGGAGGAACUCCGGCGCCUUAUGAGGGAAAAACAAAGACAAACAACAGACAAGAAGCGCGUUGAGUCUCCUUUUGCUAAAUACAACAGUCUCGGGCACCUCAGCUGCGUCCUGUGCAAUGUGCAGGUGAAGUCCGAGCUACUGUGGCCAGCUCAUGUUCUUGGAAAACAGCACAAAGAGAAAGUUGCCGAGCUGAAGGGAGGAAAGAGUCCGGCAGUCGCACCACAGAGUCAACCAGUGAAGAGGAAAGUACAAGACAACGCGGAAGUUAACGGGAAAAAAGCGAAACCCUCGUCAGGAGCAGGCCAGUCUGGAUCAGGGCUGCCAGGAGAUUUCUUCGAGAAACCCAGUGAAAAGGAAACUGUUUCUACUCAAAAGUCUGCAGGUCUGAGUCUGUUGGCUGGAGUUUACAUAGAGGACGACGACGAUGAUGAUGAAGAAGGCGCUAAAGAGGCAGGUCAGUCAGGAACCACAAUCCUCCCUCCUGAAAAGGCUGAAGCUGCAGGACUACCAGCUGAUUUCUUUGACAGCUCCAUCCCACCCACACCUGCCAUUUCCCAUUCAGGAUCCAUCCUCAAAGCAGACGUGCAGGAGAAAAGCACAGAAAAGAAAGAUAACACAGCCGAGGCCCUGCCGGAGGGCUUCUUCGACGAUCCUGUAAGAGAUGCCAAAGUGCGCAACGUCGACGCACCCAAAGAUCAAAUGGACAAGGAGUGGGAAGAGUUUCAAAAGGAGAUACGGCAGGUGAACACAAAAUCAGAGGCCAUCGUGGCGGAGGACGACGAGGAGGGGCGGCUUGAGCGCCAGAUUGACGAAAUCGAUGAACAAAUUGAGUGUUACAAAAGGGUGGAAGUUCUGAGAGACAAGCGGGACGUGGUGGUGAAGAGCAAGCCUCUUGCCAGAAAGGAUGAACUUAUGGAGACAGAUGCUAACGGGGAAGAAGAGGAGGAGGAUGAAGAAGAGCUGCUGGGGCUUUUGUCCCGGGACUGGAGGGCUAAAGGGGCACUAGCCUAAGUUGCUCUAGAGCUCGUGUAAACGUGAGAUAGAGGCCAGACCCAAAGUUUGUCCAGAAUGCUGAUAACACUGGUCUUGGAGGGAUUGUUCGUGUACAAAUCUGUCAACAAUUGUAAAUAUGUUCGUUAAAAUACUGUCACCACAUCGGUGUUUCAAAAUGAGAUCAAUGUCAUGUGCAACAUUCUUGUAAAACACUGUUUAUACACUGUGCUGUCUCAGUUCACGACUUAAAACACCAGAUGGACCACAAUCAAA